AUGCAACCUGGUCACCCGGACGCGGUGAAGGUGGACGUCUUCCUCGACCUCGGUAACGAGAAGAGCACCAGGGCCUGGCCGAUACUCAAGAGGGCUGCCAGCGACCAGCGGAACCGCGUGGACUUCGUGCUCCACAUUCUGCCGGUGUCCGACGGUCCGAUCGUCUUCUCUACCGCAAAGGGCACCUGA